AUGAGAGUACAGAUCCUCCUCUACAUAUUCCUUCUCAUUCUUGCAAGCCUCUUGCUAGUGAACGCACAAAAGCCAGGUACUCUUCCAGAUGUCUUAAAUCUGAGACGAAAGUUCCACAGACAUCUUUGCCCGCACAGGAGAUGCAUGCCUCUUCACUCCAAAGUGCCCUUCCCUUGA